AUGGAUCAAUCAAAUUUGAAGAAACGCGCUGAGGAGAUUCUUGCGACAGCCUACUCCCUCUCUGAUGCACUCGCCAAUCUGGGUUUACCAGAACCGUCUUUCGAGCACGGUCUUCCUGCUAUACUAGAUACUGACUCUGUCCAGAGCGAAGCGGGAAAUGGACGACAGCGAUUGCUUCAAAUGCUUGAUGAGUUUCGAAGCCUAUUAACCGAGCCAACACUGAUGUUGACACCCGAACUGGCAAGUCUUCGCAAUCCCUUGAUCAGCGUACAUUCAAUCGUGCGCUUGGGAAUCGCGGAGAGCUUCCCACCGGAAGGAGCCUCUGUCCAGGAUCUCGCUAAGAAGCUCAAUAUCAAUCACAGCUUGAUACGGCGUUUGUUGGCUCAUGGUGCGACCCAUCACAUCUAUUAUGAGGCAAGCCCAGAUGUAUUCGUGCACACAGCAGCAUCGAGAGUCCUCGCAGAAAAUGAGGGAAUGCGUAAAUGGAUCUUGAUUGGUGCCGAGGAGCUCAUUCCUGCAACGUUGAAGACCGCCGAGGCAUUGGUAGAAUUUCCUAACAGCGAAGAACCAGAGCACAGCGGAUGGAACGCCCAAAAUGGCACCAACCUGCCUAUUUUCCGAGCACUGGCGGCAAUGCCGGACAGGGCGAAGACCUUUGCCGGUGCAAUGCAAUGGCACGCAAUGCUUCCAGGAUUUGCUCCAAAGUAUCUUGCGUCGUGCUUCCCAUGGGGUUCUCCAGAGAAUUCUGAUGCAGGCCUGACCGUUGUUGAUGUUGGUGGCGGACUUGGUCACGUGUCUCGCGUGCUCGCCAAUCACAACCUCGCGGUGUCGUGCAUCGUUCAGGACUCGCCAGACGUCGUUCUUCAGGGGCGAGACGAUCUCCCGCAAGCUCUGCAUGAACGCAUCACUUUCCAGGCGCACGACUUCUUCCUGGAGCAACCUGUAAAGGGAGCCGAUGUCUACAUUCUGCGGCUUGUUCUACACGACUGGUCUGAUAAAUAUUGCCAUAAGAUUAUUACCGCUCUGAUUCCAGCACUCAAACCUGGCGCGAAAGUGGUCAUUAACGACCGCGUUGUACCUGGACGCCACGAAGCUCAUUACCUGGUCGAACGCGAAGCACGUGACUAUGACAUGUACAUGUUGGCAUUCCAAAACGCUAAAGAGCGUACGGCAAACGACUGGGUUGCCCUCUUGAAGGCCGUUGAUGCAAGAUUUGAAUUAACAAAGGUGUUUCAGCCACCCGGUUCAUACUUAGCAAUUGUGGAAGCGACUUGGCAAGGCUAG